AUGUACUCCAAAGCUUACAUCUUGCUGGAAAGAGACUUCAAGGAGUUACAGUUACAACAGAAUAUAAGAAAGGGUGUUAUUGCUUUUCCUGUAAGUAACAAUAUGAUGAGUUGGAAGGCUGAGAUUGAAGGUCUUCGGAAUUCAGUUUGUGAAGGACUUGUUUUCCACCUGACAUUAGAUUUUUCAGAAGAGUACAACUUUGUUCCUCCAGUUGUGAAAUUUGUAACAAUUCCUUUUCAUCCAAAUGUAGACCCAUAUACCGGUAAACCCAGUAUAAACAUUUUGGACAAGCCUGCCAAGUGGAAAACUAGUUAUACAGUGCUCAGCAUCUUACUUGAUAUACAGAUGUUGCUUUCUUACCCUAGCCUAAAAAAUCCAGUGAACUUGGAAGCAGCCCAACUAUUGCUUAAAGAUAAGUCUAUGUAUAAAAUAGUAAUUAAGGAACUUUUACCGCCAGCAUCACCAAAAAGAGAGGGCAGCCUGGUGUUAGCUGAAAAGCCACGGGAGGACAUCAGAGUAAUUAAAACAAUUUCAUUUAAUGACUACUACAAGACAUGGUCUGAGAUAGCCACAACAAAAAUCGCAAAACACUCCAAAAAUCCAUUUGUUGGAGAUCCACAUUUCAUGGGACAGUAUUACAAAUGGAAGCAGCAGGAUCGGCAGUAUCUAUCGCAGUGGGAGUCGAAGUUUAUACUCUCAAAGUGGCAAACUGCUAGACAAAAAGUAAUGGCUCAGGGCAGCAGGGAUCUCUACAACGAAGGGCUAGGUGUCUACCCAUCUCCAAGUAACACCAAGGCAUCUUUUUCCACACAACUCAGAUAUAGGAUGAGCACCCCUGACGCCGGAAAUGCUCCUGAACUUUUGAGUGUCAAUAUAUCGCCACAUCGUUCCAUGUAUAAAACUGAACUUUCUAUUGACAAUGAAACAGAAGGUGAACCAAGGUUUUAUGACCUACCUCAGGAGUGGCCAGAGAAAAGCUUGCCAGAAGAACAUGACGACUCAAGAGAAUCCUGGGAAGAGGAAGCAGACAACCUGGUUGCCUGGACUGAUGGUCUUGAUGAAGAAUCUUUGAACUUUGAGAACUAUGAAAACGUUGAGCACUAUCAGAACUUUGGCAACUAA